AAUGAAGGCUGGGAAAGUAGCCUACAGCUGAACUGACGAGUUGACUGCAACAUGCUGUGUGAUGUCACUUACCGGAUGAACCCGCAGCUGCAGUUGUUUCACGUCAAAACAAUCCGGAAGACGAUACAGCAUGACGGAACUGUAGUUGGUGCUGAGCUGAGACGAGGUUAAGGCUGAAUUAAUAACACUAGUGUGUUAGUCAUGGUAGUGGGACUUAGUAAUGUUGUGGAAUAGAAGACAAACAUAGCGACUCAAGCGUAGGUUGUCCACUGUUUUAUAGGCUGGAAGUCAGUCAGUUCAGCCUGGCGUUGUGGAUUCAAUAUCCAUGUUAACUUAUCGUAGCAGUUCUAGAUAUUAAAGUCUUGUAGCUCAUCGCAGACUGGUUCAGAGUAAUCAUGGGCAAUGGAAUGAAUAAGGUUGUCGAUGGGCUCUACCUUGGGAACAUAAGAGAUGCAGAAAACAGAGAAAGUCUGUCUAAGAAUGGCAUCACCCACAUCCUGUCUGUGUACAACAAUGCUAAGCCUGUGUUUGAGGACAUGACGUACCUUUGUAUACAUGCAGCUGAUGCUUCCAGCCAGAACCUAUUACAGCAUUUUAAAGAAUGCAUCAGCUUCAUCCAUGAAUGUCGCCUGAAUGGUGGAUCUUGUCUCGUUCACUGCCUUGCAGGUGUGUCCCGCAGCACUACCAUGGUGGUGGCCUACCUGAUGACUGUCACCCACUACAGCUGGGAGGAGUGUCUGUCUGCGGUCAAGGCUGUUCGCUCCUUUGUCGGCCCAAACUAUGGCUUCCAGCAGCAGCUGCAGGAGUACCAGACAACACAAGUCUCAGAGUACCAAGCAUGGUUACGGUCCAGUUUCCGUCCCAGUCCAUUUAAUGACCAGGAGCAGGUGGGCGCCCUGCUGAGCCAGUACACAGAGCAACAGCAGAGCCAGAGGAGAGGGGCAGACCAACGCUGGAUAAAUCACGGUGUACCUGUCUGUUCUCUGCCGUCCGAUCCUGAUGAUCCUGAAGGCAGCAGCUGAAACGUGGGCCUCUGAUCAUGCUAAAGUACUGCCUAAUGCUGUCUGUAAGUGCCAGUAACUAUUACUCUGUACUCAAUUCCAAAUCAACCCCAUGUUGUAUCCAACUUUAAGGCCUUUGUACAACUCUGCAAGCAUAGGAUGAAAUAAAUGCCCCCUUAAAGUAUAUGUUUUAUACUUUAUUUGCAUCUGUCUACUCAUUUUUAAGCAAUUGAGGUUGAUUUAGAAUUGGGCUACAGACUCCUCCACUACCAGUACUGCCUGUGCUCCCUUAAUUGAGUACAGCCACAACAGGGGUGCUCACACAUGCCUUACUCUAAACACCUCAGCACCUUUGCCAUGAUGAAUAAACUAUACUUCCAUGUGGACUUUUAACACCUGCAAUGUUCAACUCGGUAGCCUUAAAGACGUGACUAAUUAAUGCUGUCUUAAAGGAACAUUUUGUCUCUAAUUAUGUGGAUAAUGAAAUCCACAAACCUACAACCAAUUUGAUUAUUACCAAUUAUUCUGACAAGUUAUUCUGACAUGUACCAGAUUGCAAUCCCGUCCAGGCUCUUAAUGGUAAACCGUUUGAUCACCGCUGCUUGCUGGGCUGGUCAGCAUAAAAUUUGUUAUUAUGUACAUCCUACUGAAAGCAAGUGCUACUGCUUGCCUGUCAGAUGUUUAAAUGCUAUUGACAUUGCAUGUACCAUUUAAAUACACAAUAACCAAACAAUGGUCAUGGUGUCGUUAGCAGAUAUGCUAGCCACUUACAAAAUGCAAAAAAUAUAUCACUGUUGCACAUCACUGCCCAUGGAGUAAACAACAUUUGUUUACACCCAGUUGGAUACUGUUCUUUUAUUCCAGUUUUUACUUUUUGUUUCAUUUGGCUUAUCUUUGAAGAAAAUUUGUACUAAUGUCUAUAACAGAAUCCAACGCCAAUAAUCCACAGUGGAACAUCUUAUCAGGCAGAGAGAACAAACGAAAAAGUUGUACAACAGCCAAACAGCCUGUAGUUUGUCCACUAUGAACUGAUGUCAUAUAAGCCAGGGGUGGGAUUUGUUAGUAAACUAGACUGCUUCAGUUGGCUACAGAGUUGUAGAGAACAUUAGUUCAUACCGUGGCCUUAUAAAGACACGUAACUAGGAGUAACAUAGUUUGAAGUUUCAAAAUUGGCAAAAUGUUCCUUUAAGUAAUACAUCGCAGGUUAAAUUGGGAGCUACAUAAAUUAUGGCUGAGUAAAACUAUAGCUACACAUGAAGGAUCUCUGCAGUCUGAACGCUUAAGUCUUCCUGAUUUUACUGAAGCUCUGAUUUAUCUUUUUAUUGUAAUAAAGCAUAUUUUUAGGUAAUUUGUGUUAUAAAUUCAUGGGUAUAGUUAACUGUUUUAAUCGUGUAUUUAUGGUGUUUUUUGUUUGUGUUUUAUAAUAAAAUGCAGUGAUUGACAAAAAA